CCGCUCUACCGGCAGUCAACUUCCCCACACGCGCGACAGAGAGGCGUUCAUUCAAACUGAGACGUUUUUGGAUCUGAAGAGAGGCAAAAUUAUUUCCUUUACAAUCAGAUAGUCUUGUUGUUGUUGUUUUUUUUUUGACAUCGUCACUUUAUUUUUUUUAAGCAAGGCAGCUUUUUGAAGGGGGAUAUCUUUCAUAAUCAGUUUAAUUUUUCAUCAUCCCGCGCGCGCUAUCGUAUACCUUACUGGUCCGUGCGCGCGCAAAUUAGCUUACUGGCUAGCUGGUGUUAUUCUUUCCAGGAAAAACUGCAACGUGUGGAUGUACCCCUGCUCCUCUGCAGUUAUACUUGCACGAUGGCUGUCUGUUCACUCUGCCUAAUAGCCCAGCCCACAAAGAAAGGGAACAAUUGUAGGAUAAUUACAGGAUAGCAAUAAAUCCCCACCUUACCUCUGGUUUACCUUACUUAUUUUCUCCUCUAUUCUAGGUAAACCUUUUUACACAUUUGCACUGCUCAUAAAAUCCUGUUUAAAACAGGUGGGCCUAAAAAAAAGCUUAUUAUUUAUUUUUACCUAGUACCUCUCAUUUACUAUAUUGCUGUUUAGAAAUAGCAUUAUAUAAGUAGCUAUUUCACAGGCAUUCAUUCCCUUUUAAGAUUGUGAAGCAAAUCCUAUAUAAUCUACAAUCAUGGUUACAACAAUUGCAACUACAAUAAUGAUGGCCGCUACAUCAGUGGUCCCCACUGCUCUAACAGACUACAUGUGGCUGCUGAUCGUCGGCUUCAUCAUUGCCUUCAUCUUAGCCUUUUCCGUGGGUGCCAACGAUGUUGCUAAUUCAUUUGGCACAGCUGUGGGCUCUGGAGUGGUCACCUUGAGACAGGCAUGCGUCCUGGCCACAGUGUUUGAGACUCUGGGCUCGGUGCUGCUUGGGGCUAAAGUGAGCGAAACCAUCCGCAAGGGUAUCGUUGAUGUGGGCAUAUACAACGGCUCUGAGCAUGUCUUGAUGGCUGGAUCCGUCAGUGCCAUGUUUGGUUCUGCUGUGUGGCAGCUGGCCGCCUCCUUCCUUAAGCUCCCCAUUUCUGGAACACACUGCAUUGUUGGUGCUACUAUUGGCUUCUCGUUGGUUGCAAGAGGUCAGCAGGGAGUACAGUGGAUGGAACUCCUCCGUAUUGUUGCUUCCUGGUUCCUGAGUCCCCUUUUGUCUGGAAUAAUGUCAGGCUUUGUCUUCUACUUUGUGCGUGCAUUCAUCUUACACAAGAAAGAUCCUGUUCCCAAUGGACUGAAGGCCCUGCCUGUCUUCUAUGCCAUAACCAUGGGAAUCAACCUGUUCUCCAUCCUGUUCACUGGAGCUCCGGUGCUGGGAUUUGCCAUGGUCCCUUGGUGGGUCAUCCUGCUCAUCUCACUCGGCUGCUCUCUGCUGACCGGCAUUGUGGUUUGGUUUGUUGUCUGCCCUCGCCUCAAGAAGAAGAUUGAACGAGAUAUCAAGUCUUCCAGCCCUUCUGAGAGCCCCUUAAUGGAAAAGAGAGAGCUCAGAGAGGCCCAGUGUCCAAUCCUGAAGCAGACUGCAAAGGAGACGUCUGCACCCACCACACCAGCUGUCGAUCAAAACGCUCCUGCUCAACCCCAGGCUGCCCCUGAGGAGCGCAGGGUGGCGUUUGACAUUGGAGAUUCUGGCGAUGCCGACACUAGUAAGGAGCGCAAGGUCGCGUUUGACAUCGGAGAUUCUGACGACACGGAUUACAGUAAUACAAAUGGCGCCCCCAAACAGGCCAAUUCAGACUGCCAGGACCAGUUCAACAACCAGCAAGCCCAAAACGGCAACGCCUCUGCAAAUGCCCCCAACCAAGUCCAGUUCAACAAUCACGCCCAGUUCAACAACAGACCGGCGCAGAUACCAAGUAACGGCUACAGCCAGUACCACACCGUCCACAAGGACUCCGGACUCUACAAGGACCUGCUGCACAAGCUCCACCUGGCCAAGGUCGGCGACUGCAUGGGCGAGGGCGGCGACCGGCCCAUCCGCCGCAACAACAGCUACACCUCUUACACUAUGGCGAUCAUCGGCAUGCACGGAGACUUCAAGCAUAAGGAGGGCGAGUUCCGCGCCUACGAGGAGGGAGACAAGGGCCCGGUGUCGGGCGCUGUGGAAAGGAAGCGGGUGCGUAUGGACAGCUACACCAGCUACUGCAACGCCGUGGCAGAGCACACGACUCCUGAAGGACUGGAAGAGUGCGAGGUGACGCUGGAGAUGGGGAAGGAGGAUGCCGGGAGCAGCCAAAGCUCUCUGGACGAAGACGGGCUUGAGGCAGAUAAGCCAGAAGUCUCGACUCUGUUUCAGUUCCUUCAAAUUCUCACCGCUUGCUUUGGAUCCUUUGCCCACGGAGGAAAUGAUGUCAGUAAUGCCAUUGGACCGUUGGUUGCUCUGUGGCUGAUUUACUCAACAAGCACUGUGACUUCAAAUGCACCUACACCCAUUUGGCUGCUCCUCUACGGCGGUGUUGGCAUCUGUGCUGGUCUCUGGGUUUGGGGUCGUCGGGUGAUCCAGACUAUGGGCAAGGACCUCACCCCCAUCACCCCCUCAAGCGGUUUCAGCAUUGAACUAGCCUCAGCCCUGACCGUCGUGGUCGCCUCUAACAUUGGUCUGCCUGUCUCCACCACCCACUGCAAGGUGGGCUCUGUUGUGGCCGUAGGAUGGCUGCGCUCAAGAAAGGCAGUAGACUGGCGCCUGUUCAGAAACAUCUUCAUGGCUUGGUUUGUGACCGUUCCCAUCUCCGGUCUGAUCAGUGCCGCAAUCAUGGCCAUCUUCAUCUACGGCAUCCUGUGAGCAUCCGGCUGCACCCCGAGCAGGGGGAGAGGAGAAAGAAACCGCUCCGAGUGCGCAACGAGAGAAAAGGAGAGAAAGUUGGAUGGCCAAAAUAUAUUGCUUACCUCAAGCCAACAACUUCGGAAGAAAAAGGAAAAAACAAAAAAAAAUAGAAAUGUUUGAAAUGACUUGUGACAUGGGCCUGUGGUUCUCGGCUGUAUAAUUCUUGACCUAGAAUUUGCUGUUUGUUCCAUUUUGGCCAGCGGGAAGCUUGCAUUUCUUUAUUCUGACUUUCUUUUUCAUCUCAUCAUUCUCUAAAGAGUUAAUCUUAAAUACUCUGAUUUCUUUCUAAUACUCAUGUUUCCAUUUUUUUUUACUCUGCAAUUGUGUAUAUACAACCAUGCUGUUUUAAUUUUUACACGUUAGACAGAAAUAAAGAAUUGAAAUGCAGUAUUAGCCUAUUACAGAUGUAACUCUGGUCAUAACACGUGCUGAAAGUAACGUAGAUGCAGACGCAGUAUUUUUACUACGAAAAAACCGGGUUGUGGUGUGUAUUUGUGGUUUCCCCAAAUAUUCAAGUAUUUGGUAUUGUUUUGUUUUGCAUCUGGCUUCCUCGUGUCCCCUAAACAGGGAACAUCGUUUCAAAGAACAAGAUCAAUUGUCACCAAAUUACUGUAAACACUGGACCUGCAGUAUAAGAAACGCUGCGUAAUUAGUAUUGAGUAUUCAGCACAACUCUUGACGAAAAAAUAAAAUGACAAAAGGCCAAAUUUGUUGGAUGAUCAGAUCCUCAUCUGAAUCUCCCGAGGCUUUACCUUCUCGAUCGGUGCAGAGACCCCCCGCCUGAAUUUAGUUGUUUCAGUUCGAGUCGACCAACGACGCGCUCUCAAACGCAACCUUAAAUCUCCUGUUAAAACUUGAUCGCAUCAUCCUCGAUGGUAAAACGCUUUAGGCCUGCUUCAGCUGUGUUUUUCAAACUCACCUUGUACUAGCUACUUCCAGUAUUUUAUUACUAGUUUUGUUCUGCCUAGACAAUUGAGUUGCUCCAACGUUCCUCUAUGCGAGUAUAGGUGCGGAGGAACGGGAAGUGUAAAAGCUGGAAGCUGUCUAACGGGGUGGUUUUGGUUUGAGCUGAUCUGUUCUCUUGCUUGAACGAGCGCAGACAUACGUCGCAUGCCACCGGAGCGUGGUCGUUUGGCUGCAGUGCUAAAUGCAUUUCAGACCUAUAGAUGCUGUAGUUGCCUUAACUGUUUUAUUUUUAGGUACCAAAGACUUUUUUUUUAAUGCACAUCAAACAUAAUCUGCUCCACGUGUGUGUGGAUGGAAAAAAAAAGAAAAUAAAAAUGGGAAAAUACAA